UAAGACCCAACUCAUGCGGUGCAAGUUACGGAUAUUUGCGUUUGACAGUCAGUCUUUCACACAGACAGACAUUUUAAAGCAUUCUUAGCGAUUAGUAUAAUAUAACGAGGACAACUAGCUACUAAACAUAUCGCUAACUAAGCCUAACUAAACCGUCAGGAGGAUUUUCCGGAUGCAUGUUGGGGAGCGUUUCGUUUCGGCCCCCGGGAAGGCUAUCCUGCACGGCGAACAUGCAGUCGUUCAUGGGAAGGUCGCCCUGGCUGUAAGCUUGAACCUGCGCACGUAUUUGCGGCUGCAGGGCACCGCCUCCGGUCAAAUCUGCAUUCAUCUCCCUAAUAUCGACACUUUCCGGGCCUGGGACGUCGCAGCACUGCAGCCGUUAGUGUCUGACAGAAAAGCCGCUGGGGGGCGCUGCGGGGAGCUGGAUCUGGAGCUGGUGGAGAGGCUGCGGGCGUUCGCAGGCGUCGCCGAGGGCUCCACGGACAGCGGAAACAUGGCGGUGCUGGCCUUCCUCUACCUUUACCUGAGCGGCUUUGCAGGCGCACAAACCUUGCCCAGUAUGAGUGUGCGUGUGUGGUCAGAGCUGCCUACAGGGGCAGGGCUGGGCUCCAGUGCUGCUUACACCGUGUGUCUGUCUGCUGCUCUCCUCUCAGCCAGAGGAACCAUCUCCUCCCUCCUCACACAGCCACAGGACACUGCCAGCUGGAGUGAGGAGGAGCUGACGCUGAUCAACAAGUGGGCGUUUCAGGGUGAGAAGAUCAUUCACGGCAACCCGUCUGGAGUGGACAACGCUGUGGCCACGUGGGGAGGCAUUCUGCGGUACCACGCUGGCAAGAUUACUCCACUGAGCAGGGUGCCGCUGCUCAGGAUCCUCCUCACCAACACUAAAGUGCCACGCAGCACCAAGCUUCUGGUCUCCGGCGUGAAGGACAAAAUUAACAAGUUCCCUUCUAUAAUGGUGCCGGUGUUGGAGUCGGUGGACGCUGUGUCUCGGACCUGUGAGCUCACCCUCCGGGAGAUGGCCACGGCAGGGGCUUCAGCCCAACAGUACGACACCCUGGAGGAGCUGAUGGACAUCAACCAGCACCACCUGAGCGUGAUGGGUGUGGGUCACCCGGCCCUGGACACCCUGUGCCGCCUCACGCUCGCCCACGGCCUGCACAGCAAGCUGACUGGUGCGGGCGGAGGAGGCUGUGGCAUCACCCUGCUCCGGCCAGGGAUUGAAGCACUGUGGUUAGCACUUCUGCUAGCGCUCCUCCGUGGGGCGAGCACUACUGUGGGAAACGGAUGGGGUUCGCCGCUCGCGCCUAACGGGGCUAACGGGCUGUCGGAGACGGCCCAGCGGGUAGCGCAGGAGGCAGUGUGGGAGCUGAGGGAAGCGGGCUUCGAGUGCUGGGAGACGAGCAUCGGGGGGCCGGGGGUCCUGCUGCACUGCGCCACCUCACUGCCUCAGGGCGUCCUCGACGUCCUCACCAGCCACUGAGCUCCCCCAACGCGGACAUUAAAGGUACGAUAAGGAGAAAUUGACCCUGGUGACAUGGAGCGAAGGCAGCGCUGGGACCCAUAUGUGACUCUGACGGCGUUACAGUCCCGGUAACCCCAUCACUGAGCGCGGCUCAUCUACGGGAGGCAGUACAAAAAUAUGGGUGCUGAGACACGUCUGGAGACGUUCUCUGAAGACGUCUGUUUCUUAGAGGAGCAUGUCCCUGAAUAAGAGGGAUAUUUCACCCUGUUUCACUGAAUGCUCAAAGGCUUUGGUUAACAGGGAUAACAAAUUUAUAAAUAUACUGUAUGUCAUAUUAAAAUCUGGAUAAAGUUUAUACUGGACCCUCCAUCAAGCUUUGACACACGUUGACCAGUAGAUGGCGGCAGAGUCUUGAUAACGAUUACUAACCAUGACAGUCAUUUGAAAUCAAAUGUCUACUGAGCUAAACUGCACUUAAAUACAUACUCCCACCAUUCCACAAUAAAAAUUUCAAGCAAAAGAGUAAA